AUGAGAGAAAUCGAGGAGGCGCUGUCCGAGGACGUCCCCGUGCCCGUCGACCGGCUUGGACCCCAGAUGCCAGCACGAGUUCUUCCUGGAAAACCGAGGUUCCGACGCCCAUCUAACUCGCCCCCUUGGGUCUUACAGCUGGAACUCCUGCUGCCUCUCUUCGCCAGUGGAAGACAGGUCAGCUACCUCUAUCGACCUCUUGUGACCUCCGGGCCUGUCACGUGCUUCAACCUUCCGAUUAAUCCACUUUCGCUUGAGCCCCCCGGCCAUGGGAACUACCUCCCCCCCGUCUCCUACUCGUCGCUGGCGGAGGGAGAAGAAACGGCUUUUGUCGACCUGCAGGAGGGUGGCGGCCAAGACCGUUCCAAAAGAGCAGCGGCGGAACCUGCCACUACGACAGACUACCCCACCACACAGUACCUCUACUCCGACUACUAUACAGACUACCAGGACUACUACUACUACAACUACAACUAUUAUGGGAAUGCCCCGUUCAGAGAGGGACAAGAGACAACCAUUCCUGUCACUCAAAAUGACAAAGCUAAGCCACAAAGCCGGGAUGACUCGCUACACAAGCUGGUAUUGUGUGAUCAGCCGGGAUGCAGAGUCACGUGUAACAUCCCCUGGCUCCCGGCCGAAGAGAAAGUCAGAAUUGUCAUACCAAGUUACGUAGUCAUAAGAGAACUUGAUCUGCUUGGAUAUCGCAAGUUUAAGCUACUGUCUGCGGUUCGUGUGAAUGUCACCCAGAAGAACCACACGCUUAUCAACCCCAUUUCUGCCGCAGAAACUUACGUGACACUUAUCAGUCCCCAGAGUGUGGGUUUUGAUGCCGUUCCGCUGUGGAUUCUCCUGCUGGCGAUUUUCUUUGCUUUACUCAUCAUCUUGCUUAUUAUCGCCGGUCUAUACAGGGCCGGCUUCUUCAAGAGAAACCGCCCGCCUACAGGAGAAAAGAGAGAAAGUCUUAUACAUCAGGAGUUCACCAUCUGUAGACCCGACACGGACCUCGACGAGUUGCAGCCACCACAGAACUCGAUGUAGGCAGUUGCAAGACGCUCAUUGCAGGAAUUGUUGCAGGAUAUGGCUAUGCGGAGAGGGAAAGGAGGCAUAGAGAGAAAAGAUGAGGAUGAGGGUAUUCAGGCUGGGAGGGGAAAAUGUGAGAAGGAAGUAAAUGAGAGAAAUGUGAAGAUUGGGGUUGGGUGAGGUUGAUUAGGAGGAGGAAGGAAGGAGGAAUGAUGAUAAAGAUGAUGAUGAUGGUGGUGUUGAUGUGGAGAGGAAGAGGAUGUGGAUGUGGUGAUUGUGGAGGUACAGAAGGAGAAGGAGAGAUGGAAAAGGAGAAAGAAGAGACGAAGGAAGAGAAAGAGGAGGUGGAAGAUACAGUCGAAGGAGUUUAAGGAAGAAAAGAAAAUAGAAACCGGAAGAAGGAGGAAGAAGAAAAAGGGGGGGAGGAGGGAGUGCAGAGAUUGAAAGUGGAGAAGCAAGAUAAGGAAGAGGAGGAGGAAGAAGAAACAGAGAAAUGGAGGAAGGAGGAAGAAGGCGAAAAACGGUUAAUUUAAAAGUCUCUGAGGAGAAAGGGAAAUGGAAAAAAAGCUUUCUGUUUCAUCUUUAUGGAAUGAUUAUAAGAAUGGAACUAGUACUCCCCCCCUGAGACUUCAAUUGGAAAAAAAACAAUCACCUGCAAAACUAAUUUAUUAUUUCACUGUUGUAAGAACCUCUUGUAUAUGUAACACACCAGAAGGCAUUUCUUCAGCUUCUGGUUUGUGUUAAACCUAGUCGAUUCCUCACUCCUAUUGCUAGUUAAGGUUUUCUCUACAUUUCCUUCUGCAGAAAAUUCAACUCUGAUACAAUGUUAAGAUCUUAGGGUUACUCUUCUCCUUUAUCAAUAAACGAAAACGAUAGA